GCGUCUAGUGUGGCGCAGUGUGAACAAUUUUUCGGUCGUCUCUCCUUCCCCCCCUUGUGUUCAAAAAUGAGCUGGCAGGAUUACGUUGAUAAGCAGUUGCUCGCGUCUAGGUGUGUUACCAAAGCGGUCGCCGGACACGAUGGCAACGUGUGGGCGAAAUCCGAGGGCUUCGAAGUAAGUAAAGAAGAGCUUGCGAAAUUAGUGCAGAGCUUCGAGGAGCAGGACAUCCUGACGUCGUCGGGCGUUACCUUAGCCGGCAGCAGGUACAUCUACCUGUCGGGCACGGACCGUGUGAUAAGGGCAAAACUUGGCAAAAUCGGCGUGCACUGCAUGAAGACGACGCAAGCCGUAGUUGUCUCCCUAUACGAGGACCCCAUACAGCCUCAACAGGCCGCAUCUGUCGUUGAAAAACUGGGCGAGUACCUCGUGUCCUGCGGCUAUUAGUAACCUCUGGGACCCAACACAAAUAUCUAAUAUUAAUAAUAAACGAUAUCGGUCGAUUAUUUUAAUGAACAGCGAAUGGAAUGCGCCAUUGCCGCACGAGUCGCGCCGGAACUGCCGCAAGCCCUGCCGCGCGACAACCCACGAAUGAAGAACAGCAACAACAUCAACAUCUACAACAGCAACAACAACAACAACACACAGAACGACGACAGCAGUAGCAAACUACUUAACUACAUUACUGCUCCAGUCAUCAUUCUCUUCUCUUCGAUUUCUUUUUUUUCUUUUUUUUUCUUGCUCUUCUGACGCGCAGAGAACGGAAAGAGGCACCAUCGCGCAAAUCCACGCACGCACCCACGUAAACAACGUACGUAAACAACGACGCACCCUUUCGUUCCCUUCCCCCUCCUCCUCUCCCUUCCCUCAAACGAUUCCCAAACACGUAUACGUACUUAAGCAUCUACGUGUAUAAGAUCCUCGUAGGUGGUGCGUGACGGACGCGAGCGUCGGAGAAAAACGCGGGAAAAUGUAUCGUAUAUAUCGGCGCGUGCAUACCGAUCGAUAUCACGCCGAUAUCACCCCGAUGUCAUUGUGCCACACACACACACACACGCAUACAUCUGCUCUCUAUCUAUUCCCCCCAAACUCCGCGGGCGAACGGCUGUGACGAUGCGCGAGAUCGCAUCAUCCGAGAUGACGGAUGAAAAUCGACGGCGAGACACGAUCGGUACCGGAAAGCCGAUAGGAUAUUGUGACGUCACGCGCGCUGUCAUCCGACCACGUGUCGUAGGAUUCGCGCGCGCGCGCGCGCGUUCUCGAAAGGAGCGCGAUAAAUUGCGACGACCGCUCGCUUGACGGAUCUUUCCCGCGAUCUCUUCCGACUAUUAUUAUUAUCUAGAAGAUAAUUCUCGUCGAAGAAAAAAAGAAACGAUGGAUCGUGAAGCGCGCGACUCGCAAUUUGUCGCGCGACGAAAGCAACGAGCGGCUUUAUGGUCCUCCUCCACUUUUCGUUCGGCUUCUUCUCCGGAGGAGAAACGCCGAGGGUCGCUUCCGCGCGAGGAAUUCUUCGGCUGUCGUCCUCGAGUUCGAGGUACGUGUCGAAGCGACUCCGGGCUUUCUUAUGUAUCACACACAAACAUGUACACACUCGCUUCUCGUUCACGCACCCAGCUUCACGCGCGCACGAACAGUCUAUCGACGAUCGAUCGACGAAUAUCAUCGGAGAGAGAAGAGAGAGAGAGAGA